CUUGCGUGGAGCCCCAGAUCGAGGGAGAUUAUCAGUGGUCUUGUAUGUCUUCCAUUUUCUAAUAAUUGCUCCCACAGUUGAUUUCUUCACACCAAGCUGCUUACCUAUUGCAGAUUCAGUCUUCCCAGCCUGGUGCAGGUCUACAAUUUUGUUUCUGGUGUCCUUUGACAGCUCUUUGGUCUUGGCCAUGGUGGAGUUUGGAGUUGGACUGUUUGAGGUUGUGGACAGGUGUCUUUUAUACUGAUAACAAGUUCAAACAGAUGCCAUUAAUACAGGUAACGAGUGGAGGACAGAAGAGCCUCUUAAAAUAGAAGUUACAGGUCUGUGAGAGCCAGAUAUCUUGCUUGUUUGUAGGUGACCAAAUACUUAUUUUACCGAGGAAUUUACUAAUUAAUUUUUUUCCUCAUUUUGUCUCUCAUAGCUGAGGUAUACCUAUGAUGAAAAUUACAGGCCUCUCAUCUUUUUAAGUGGGAGAACUUGCACAAUUGGUGGCUGACUAAAUACUUUUUUGCCCCACUGUAUGUAUAUGUAUGUAUAUCUUUUUUGAAUAUCUGAAAGUACUCUUAACAUCAGUCAGUCAAGCAUUAUAAUAUGAUAAUCAAGUAGGCCUAUUAUUUAAUGAUAGAACUUUAGUAAUUAGAAUUAAAACUUGCUAGCCAGCCAAUGAGAUUGUCAUUUGCGCAUUAGUUCUGCCCACUACCGGAGAACCCGGCAGUUCUUAACAGCUGAAGCUGAAUUCCAAAAGGAACGCUGUUAUUUUGACAGGAAAAUACAACAAAGAAUAUCGUUUACAUGUAGCGCUUAAAUUCUGCAUGUUAUGAAAGACUCUCUCGCUUUCUUUCUUUGCAUGUGCGACGACGAGACAUGCGCCUUCUCACUAGAGUUUACGCUGUGUGCACCGGGGGCGUCCAGAGCCCCUUGACCUGCACUUGGGCAUGUUCCUGCCGACGCUGUUGAACCAAUCCUCACCUGCACAACUGGAAGCUUUCUUCAUGCCAGCAUGGAACUUGGAGAUUAUUGGCACCUACGCGCAGACUGAGAUGGGGCACGGUACACACAUCCGUGGUCUUGAAACCACUGCUACUUAUGACCCUUCCACCCAAGAGUUUGUUUUGAACAGUCCAACAAUCUCCUCUAUUAAAUGGUGGCCAGGUGGAUUGGGUAAAACCUCAAAUCAUGCUAUAGUCCUGGCUCAGCUGUACACGCAGGGCAAGUGUCAUGGCCUACAUGCCUUUAUCACUCCCAUUCGCUGUAUGAAGACACACAUGCCACUGCCAGGUGUGGUGGUCGGUGAUAUUGGCCCCAAAUUUGGUUUUGAUGAGGUGGAUAAUGGCUACUUGAAACUGGAAAAUGUCAGGAUUCCACGUGAGAAUAUGCUGAUGAAGUAUGCCAAGGUUGAGCCGGAUGGUACUUAUGUGAAGCCUCCUAGCGAUAAGCUCACAUAUGGCACCAUGGUGUUUAUUCGUUCCAUGAUAGUGGGGGAGUCAGCACGAGCUCUCUCCAAGUCCUGCACCAUUGCCAUUCGUUACAGUGCAGUCCGACACCAGUCUGAACUACGGCGAGGAGAGCCAGAACCACAGAUCCUAGACUAUCAGACCCAGCAGUAUAAACUCUUUCCUUUGCUGGCCACUGCCUAUGCCUUCCACUUUGUGGGGCAAUACAUGAGUAAAACAUACCAUCGUAUUUCAGGAGACAUUAAUCAGGGUGACUUCAGUGAACUGCCAGAGCUGCAUGCUCUAUCUGCAGGUCUGAAAGCUUUUACCACCUGGGUGGCAAAUGCAGGAAUUGAGGUUUGUCGCAUGUCAUGUGGUGGUCAUGGUUACUCCCGCUGCAGCAGUUUGCCUGACAUCUAUGUCACCUUUACACCGACCUGCACUUAUGAGGGAGAGAAUACUGUUAUGAUGCUGCAGACAGCUAGGUAUUUGGUGAAGAGCUACAAACAAGCAAGGGCAGGUCAGCAGUUGACUGGCACUGUUUCUUACCUGAACGACCCUCAGACCAGGAUACAGCCCCAUUCUGUGUCCUCCCGGCCCACUGUUGUCAGUAUUAAUGACCUGGCCAGCCUUGUGGAGGCAUACAAAUUCAGAGCUGCGAAGUUAGUUGAAAUGGCAGCUAAGAACCUCCAGGUGGAGCUACAGCACAGCAAGAGUAAUGAGGACGCCUGGAACAACAGUUCCAUUGAUCUAGUCCGAGCAUCUGAUGCCCAUUGUCAUUAUGUGGUAGUGAAGCUGUUUGUUGCUAAACUGAGUGAGAUUGGGGAUACGGCUGUCCACUCUGUGCUCAGCACUUUGGCUCUUCUUUAUGCCCUUCAUGGAGUCGCACAGAACUCUGGAGACUUUUUACAGGCUGGUCUGCUAACUGUUCCUCAGCUGGCUCAGAUCUCACAGAGGCUGAAGGGUCUUCUCUCAGAAAUAAGGCCCAAUGCAGUGGCUCUGGUUGAUGCCUUUGACUACCGUGAUGAGAUGCUUAAUUCUGCUCUGGGAAGAUAUGAUGGGAAUGUCUAUGAGCACAUGUUUGAGUGGGCUAAGAGGUCGCCUCUGAACCAUACUGAGGUGCAUGAGUCCCACCACAAGUACCUAAAGCCACUACAGUCCAAACUGUAAGAAGUGCCUUUAUUGGAGAAAGGGAAGAGUCUGUCCAAGAAAACUAAUACCGUUAGCUCUCCUCUCCACCACCACUGGGUCAUCUAUUGUAGAAAAGGAAUUUGUCAGUGAAGAAAUUAUAUUAAUUUUUAAAGGACAUGGUUCUAUGCCUGAUUCUAAUUAUUUAGAGCAGUAAGUCAUGAUUGCUUUCUCUGUGCACUUAAUGAUCAUUUCAAGUUAAACCACUUAAAUUACUUUUCGUAAUUGUAUAAAUUCCUGGUAGUUUGUAAUUUUUGCUUAAUUGGUUUUUCUAGAGGGUGUAAUGUUACAAUAAACAUACUCAUGAUGUUUCAGAUUCGAAAAGCUAAAAUUAUGAGACCAUAUUUUAAAAAAUUCCCUAUUCUCUGGAUCACAAACUUGAAAUGAAAUACAGAAAGUGAAUAUUGCAAAAUGCAUACUCUGAAUAACAUUUGAGUUUGAAAUGAUUAUUUACUAAAUAAUGAGUCAUUUGAGGGUUAUUUGACUUCUCAGCGUAUCUUAAAAUCAUGCCUUAAGUUGACCCUCAGACAGGAAUCUUUUCUUUUGUAGCGACAAUCAAAAUUAAUGUGCAGUAUUAGUGUCGUUCCAUUUCAAUUAUUUACAUUGUGAUAUACUGAUUUGUGUCCUGAUCAUUUUUUUUUCACACUGUUUUUGUUAUUUUAACUCUUAUGCUACAUUAAAAAAGGAAUAAAUUAACACGUACAGGAGUGUUUAAAUAGCUUUUACUUCCGUUUAUGAAUGUCGUAUUGCAAUUUGCAUUUCUAAUUAUAAUUCAAAGAUAUAAUUGUGUUGUAGUAGGAUGAUAUUUUCACCACUCUUCAAAACCUAAUAAAACAAAUCACUCAGAAA